AUGUCAUCACCAGCAGCAAGGAGCAUCACCUGCUACUCCAAAAUUCCAGAGUUCUUGGUGGGCAAUAUCGGGCAGCCAAUGCCAGCAGUGGGGCUUGGCACAGCGUCACACCCAUUUGUGGCGGAGGACGUCAGGACCGCUGUGCUCACUGCGCUGGAGCUUGGCUACCGCCACAUCGACACUGCGGCACUCUACGCCUCUGAGCGCGUUGUCGGCGAGGCCAUGGCUGAGGCAGUGCGGCGCGGGGUUGUGGUGUCCAGGGAGGAGUUGUUUGUGACAUCCAAGGUGUGGUGCACACAAUGCCAUCCUGAGCUUGUGCUCCCGUCCCUCAAGGAGAGCUUGAUGAACCUUCAAAUGGAAUAUGUUGAUUUGUACCUGAUUCAUUGGCCCAUGGCUAUAAAGCCUAGCAAGCCUCAUUUCCCAAUGAAAAGGGAGGACAUUGUGCCGAUGGACCUUAGUGGUGUAUGGCAGGCAAUGGAGGAAUGCCAUCGACUUGGCCUUGCUAAAAUGAUUGGUGUUAGCAAUUUCACAACAAAGAAAUUGCAGGAGCUGCUUGCCAUUGCAAAAAUUCCCCCAGCUGUAAAUCAGGUUGAAUUGAAUCCCACUUGGCAGCAGAAAAAACUAAUUGAGUUCUGCAAUGACAAGGGUAUUCAUGUGGCUGCUUAUUCUCCCCUAGGAGGCCAAAGAAUCUCUAAAAUGAAUCCAAUACGACAAUCUGACAUUUUGGAAGAGAUUGGAAAGGCUAGAGGGAAGUCAGCGGCCCAGAUUUCACUGAGGUGGAUCUACGAGCAAGGUGCAAGCAUGGUUGCAAAGAGCUUGAAAAGGGAGAGGCUUAAGGAGAACCUUGGAAUCUUCGAUUGGGAAUUGAGUGACGAAGAUCGGUUUAAGAUUGGUCAGAUAGCACAGCGCAAGUUGGUCACAGUACAGAAUCUCCUGUGUCCUGAAGGUAUCUCCUGUGUGGAUAUCUCGGAUGUUGAUGUUCUUGAAAUAUAG